AUGUUGCACCCGCUACGGUCUCACGCAUCACGACUCGAUAUGGCCCAAUGCACGAUUUCGAGGCUAAGGGUACUAGGCCUGGUCGCGCACCCCGCUUCACUGACCGCGACGCUCGUAGAGCCGAAAAUCUGCUUAGUAGCGGCAGAGCCAAGAACGCGACUGACCUCCAGCGCCGAUUCUUCCCCGACAUUCAUGCCGACACUGUUCGUUCGCGUCUUCGGAAGCUUGGGUUGA